AUGGCUCCCUCCGGGAUAGUCCUCCUCUUUGCAUCUCGCCUUCUCGUACUUCGGAGGCAUCGGGGGCCAAGGAAAUGGCACAACCACAGGAGCAGGAAAUGGAACGAAUGGAACAUCUUCAGGAAAUGGCACCUCAAAUGGCACUACAGGAGGAAACCGUACGGCAAAUGCCACCACCACGCGUGCUCCCACUACCCUUCCUCCUCCCACACCCGCACCACCAGUCAACACCACCGCUGCUCCCAAUGCUUCUCAAGUGGUGAACUGUGA